AUGAAUGUUACGGCUAAGCGAUCGGAUCUUCAAGGACUACGUGGUUUUGCUAUAGUGGCAGUGCUGGGCUUUCAUUUUUAUCCAGAAAUUGUACCAAAUGGGUAUCUAGGAGUUGAUCAAUUCUUUGUUCUCUCCGGCUUUCUCAUGUGCAUGCUUCUCAAACGAGUCGAAACACAACCCACCUGUACCCUUAUCACCUUAUUCUACUCAAAAAGGUUCAAAAGAAUCCUCCCACUAUAUCUCUUCACAAUCCUUCUCUCCAUGAUCUCCCUCUAUUCAGUCUUCCCGGACACAAUAGCUGAGUUUAACAAAAAUUCUGCACUAGGAGCUCUUCUUUUUGUGUCGAACACUGCGAAAUCUAAAGAAGACGAUUAUUUCGUGCAGUUGACCAAGGCAAUGGACAUUUUCACCCAUACAUGGAGCUUGUCCGUUGAAGUCCAAUUUUAUUUUUUGGUUCCUGUGGUAUUUCUAGUGGCUUUGAGACUACCAGAGAAACUUCAAGUCGGUUUUUAUAUAGUUUUAGGUAUCUGCUCCUACGCAUUCUUCUACAUCUCUCAGGAUUUCAUAGCAUUCAACAAUGUAUUUGCAAGAAUCUGGCAAUUUUUGGUUGGCAUGAUAGUCUACACCAUUGGCCUGCCAAAUCCUCAAUACCAAGUUAUUAAUCAAGAUAUCGAGGAGUGUGAAAACUUAAUUGAUAGUGAAGAAGUACCUGAAACUCCCUGCAAUAUGUAUUCUUACUUCUUACUAUUGGGACUGUUCACCGUCGCCGCCUUUCCUCUGAAGCUUCAUCCCCUAAUUGUCAGGCCCCUUGUCACAGUUGGAACAGGGUCAUUUAUUCUAAUUUCUGAAGGAAAUUUCUUAGUAUCAAAUAAACUUAUAUCAUACAUUGGAGAUAUAUCAUAUGCCCUUUAUCUGCUCCACUGGCCUAUCUACUCUUAUUGGAAGCUCAAUUGGGUUCAAUAUGAUCAAUUAUUGAUUUUUGUGCUGCUUUCCUCUAUUAUUCUCGCUGUAAUCGUCCAUGAAACUUUUGAGAAGUGGUAUUUAAACUUAUCAUCUACAAGUGUCGGACUUCUCGUUGUACUGCUAUUCGCGUCAAAUGUGAUUCUGAUCGAAAAGGAUAAAUUUCUCCCACCAGUUGAUCGAUUCACCUGGAACAAUAUGACUCCAGAGGAGGCGAACCAUCAGUGGAAUCUGAGAGAUCAGGGAAACCUUCACGUGCCUUAUUGCAGGUAUGAAAGAGGAGGUCCGUUUGGCUGGUGCAACCACACGGGGCUUGCUGGAAAGUAUAAGAUUGUCGUGAUUGGGAAUAGUUGGACGGCGAACCAGGGAUCCAUUAUUCAUGAGGAAUGUGGGAAUAAAGCGAGUGGGAUUCUACAAGGGAGUAUUCCAACAUGUGAAAUCCUAUACCCGACCCAGGACAAUCUGGCUUGCAAGCAAUAUUAUGACAGUUUUGUAGAAAGAAUUCAACAGGAGACGCCAGAUUACUUAUUUCUAGUUUCCAGAUACAUAUCCGUCGGCGAUCCGUUUCCAGCAAACGUUACAAGCUUCGAGGAAGAUCCGGUAUAUCAAAUUAUGAAAUGGCAAAUGCUCCGGUUGAGCUCAAGUACAAAAAAGAGGAUUUUUAUUUUGGAUGCCGUGCCAAGAGUGAAUACUAAGUUGAUUGAUAGGAUUGCAUCUUGGGUGAAGGAUGGAGUGGAUCCGGUAGAGAUUGAUAACCGUCUUGGUCAAUCAAAGGAUAAUCUCAUCGACCCAGAAACCUAUCAACUAGCACGCAAACGGUAUGCAGAACUAGUAAAGGAUUUCAAAGGCCGGUGUACCCUCAUCGACUUCAACCCCGAGUUCUACAAUAACUCUACUGGCACAUUCCGGUUAUUUGAUAGCAAGGGCUUCUCCUACUACACAUCGGGAAUGCAUCUGACACCGCAUGGUUUGGAGCAUAUUCGGCAUGUAUGGAGGGAUGUGUGUAGAAAGAUUGAAUAG